CGUAGCGGCGGCGGCGGCAGGAGCUGCAGGAGGAGGAGGAGGCGCCGCGGCGGUUUGGUACCGAGCGGAGAGGGAGAUGCACACGGCACUCGAGUGAGGAAACAGAGAUGAAGGUACACAUGCACACAAAAUUUUGCAUCGUUUGUUUGCUGACAUUUAUCUUUCAUCAGUGCAAUCAUUGCCAUAAAGAUGGAUGUGACCGUGGUCCUGAGGAGGGACACGAAGACCACCAUAACUGCUAUCAGAUCUCAGAGACACCCUACCACCAGACUGCGGGAUCGGAAUCCAUGCCGAGUAAAUUUUCAACAUCGGAAGCUGAAAAGGAACAGAAAUACUACAUUGAAAAAAUCUUUGAUCGUUACGGUGAAAAUGGAAGAUUAUCCUUUUUUGGCCUGGAGAAACUGUUAACGAGCCUUGGUUUAGGAGAAGUAAAAGUAGUAGUGAUAAAUCAUGAUGAUAUUGGCCACGAUCAUGUUUCUCACCUAUAUGCUUUAGAAGUACAGGAAGGAAAGCAUUUGCACACUCAUAACCAUCCUCAUAGCCACUCCGAUUCAGAAAACCAAACCGUGGUCGGUAUGGCUGAAAAGAAAAAUCAUAAAUGUAACUCUGAGAGAGAUGCAGUAGUGUCAUCUAUAAAAGGUGAUGGUAAACGUAUUCACGACCAGAGUCACCAUCACCAUCAUCACCACCCUCAUCCGCAUCAUCAUCUCGACCAUAACGGUACGCAUCAUUCUCGUAAUGAUUCAGUUACUCACAGUGAUCACGGAGAGCAGAAUCACGGGCCUUCCACAGAAACCAACACGACUCAGGAUCAGCGUGAAAGAAAACAGCGGAAACAGAAGAAGAAACGAAAGAAAAUUAGUGAGACUUCAGGAGAUAAUACUCAAGACUGUCCUCCGAAUCAUCACCUAGGUGAUCAGUGUGAGCACAAUCGUGUUCAUAAACACGAUCAUGUACACGAUGCGUCUCACUUUCAUGCGCACCAUCGUGAGCACAGUGGCGAUCUUUCCACUAAUCACGGACAUCAGGAUUCCAGCCUGGGUAGUGAGGAUGGGCAUCACCAUACCAGCAAGCGAGAGGCACCUUGUAAGCACACAGGUGUAAGAAAACACACUAUUUCAGCACGUGGUCAUAAGGAUCGUAAUGAAGACGAACGCGAUUGUGAAGAGUGCUUAAAUGUUACUCAGCUGCUACGACGCUACGGUCUGGAAACCAGCUCUCAAAUAUCUCCUGAAUUUUUUAUAUAUAUGUGUCCUGCUCUGCUAUACCAGAUUGACAGAAGGCUUUGUAUUGUACAUUACGAUGAGCUUGAAGAUCUUGUGAAAAGUAAAACUGCAUCAAUUGAGAGCGAAGAUAAAACAGGCGCUUCAGCCUGGGUUUGUGGUAUCAUCUCUAUCACCGUCAUUAGCCUGCUUUCCUUGCUAGGUGUGAUCUUGAUUCCCAUCAUUAACCAAUGGUGCUUCAAAUUUCUUCUAACUUUCUUGGUAGCUCUGGCUGUAGGAACAAUGAGCGGAGACGCUCUACUCCAUCUGUUGCCACAUUCACAUGGAGGCCACAAUCACAGUCACCACCACGGCCCAGGCCACAUUCAUGAACACAAGCAUUCUCAUCGACAUGCCCAUGGACAUGGAGUAGAGAACGAAGGCUUUCUCCAAGAAAAUGAUCCAGUAUUGAAAGGUCUUGUAGCACUCGGAGGCAUUUAUGUUUUGUUCAUCAUUGAACACUGUAUAAGAAUGUACAAGCAUUACAAUAAACAAAAGAGUAAGCAGAAAUGGUGCAAGAAUAAGCAGAGUGAAGAAUCGCCAAUUGGAAGGAAACUUUCAGAUCAGAAACUAAAUAAUAGACCAGAUGCUGACUGGCUUCAGCUCAAACCCCUUGCAGGAGCAGAUGACUCUGUUCUAUCUGAAGACAGACUUAAUGAAACCGAACUGACCGACUUAGAUGGCCAGCUGGAAUCCCCUCCUAAAAACUUCUUGUCAGUAGAAGAGGAGAACAACGUGCACCAUUCUCACAACGAUGUCUUACGUGCUGCUCAAGAACACGAUCUUCAUGAUUUAGAGUAUGACAGCCAUGGCGAAGAUAAGAUGAUAGCUAGAAAACACAGUCACCCCUGGCAUCACAAACACUCCCAUCAUUCCCACGGCCACUGUCAUUCUGGAAAAGACCUGAAAGAUACAGGGAUAGCUAAUAUUGCUUGGAUGGUAAUCAUGGGAGAUGGCAUUCACAACUUCAGCGACGGCUUAGCAAUAGGAGCAGCUUUUAGUGCUGGUCUGACAGGAGGGAUUAGUACAUCUAUAGCAGUAUUUUGUCACGAGCUGCCCCAUGAAUUAGGUGAUUUUGCUGUGCUUCUUAAAGCUGGUAUGACAGUAAAGCAAGCUAUUGUGUACAACCUGCUGUCCGCCAUGAUGGCUUACGUAGGCAUGCUGAUCGGCACAGCAGUGGGACAGUAUGCGAAUAACAUCACCUUGUGGAUCUUUGCAGUCACUGCAGGCAUGUUCCUCUAUGUGGCGUUGGUCGAUAUGCUUCCGGAAAUGCUUCACGGAGACGGAGAUAACGAAGAGCACGGUUAUUGUCCGGUGGGGCAGUUCAUUCUGCAGAAUCUAGGCCUGCUUCUUGGAUUUGCCAUCAUGCUGGUGAUUGCCCUCUACGAAGAUAAAAUUGUGCUUAACAUCCAGUUUUGACCAUAUCCCGGGUUUUGCUGUGGAUACGUUGUUAUUACUGUAUGGCUUCGAGUCUGCACUGUUUCACUGUAUGCACAUAGCUUAGAGGAAAAGCAGCGGCUUGCACUACUUACGCAAGUACAUCCCAUUCAUUUCUGUAUGUGUUACCUGCUGCAUUUUUCCAAUUCAAAUCAGAUGAGAUGACCGAACGCAUCUUGUAAAGUCCAUUAAGUGGCAAUUGGGAAAUAGUAAAUUCCAGAAAUAAAUGCUAAUUUCAGUGUGCUGCUUGCUUAUAUUAAAAAAAGACAGCGAAGGAUGUACACGCUUGGGGAAAAAAGCAUUUCUUACAUUGUUUACCAGAACCCAGAAAAUUUUACAGCUGAAAAUCGUACCUAUGCAAGGAACCUGAGUAUACUUGCAGCACUGCACAAGUCUUAAGCAGCAGGCAUAUAUAUAUGUAUAUAUAUAUAUAUAUGUAUCUUAUUCUAUCUCUGCGUAUGCACGCGUACGCAUGCAUAGCACUGGUUCCUCUGCAAAGUGGUGACUUGAACUAUUAAAUCUUAACAACAAUAGAUGAGUGGAAACCACUGUGCCGUCUUAAUUUUUAGGAAAAAAAGAAGGCCAAAACUGUAAGGUGCACUCCCUCAUUUUAACUUCAUGUGUAAGAAGGCAGGCCGUUGCAAUAUACGCCGCAAAGUGCUAGGAUGUCCUGUCGAGGAUCACUUUGACGAUGCUUUCCUGACUAAAAUUUGAUGUUUGUUCUUAGAUAUUAGUAGGAAAAUGCAAACUGCAGUAGAAUUAGCGCUAGCUUGGGGAAAUCCCCGACGUUGGAGUUAUUGAGCUAUUCCUGGUUCUUUUCUACAGAUGUUAAACAUGUACAGAUGCUAAACAUGUGCCACUUGCAGCAUAAACUACUGAAGAAUUGUGGCUGUGAAUGUGUGCAAACUCUUAAUUUCAUGGAGAAUCAGUAUGGGAUUUUUUCUUUAACAGUUAUUUUGGAAUGUUUUCUCCUAGGUUGAAGUACAACAAACAUGCUAGUUACGGAACGUGGGCACAAAAGUUAAAAUAUGCAAUGUGCAUGUAGGGUUACUUAUUGUACUCUGUUUCUAUAGUGCCUCAAUAUCAGUUGUUGUGGCACCAACCAUUUCUGUGGUUGAGACUAAGAAGAUUUCUACUUCCAGCGUGAAUUAGUUCGUUUGUAUGAUUUUUUUUUAAAGGAUUUUGGUAUUUGAUUAUUAAAAAGCGAAUGCAGUAGAUGGGUCGUAGGCCUAAUUUGGAAGGAUAGACCGAAAGAUUUUGGCCUUGACAUGCUGGGAGCACGUCCUGGAUCAGAUUUUGCUGAGACGGUUAUUCUGCCAGACAGGAGCGAGUCCUUCUUGUACUCAUUAUCUCAUUGAGGAAAAACAUGCUGAGUUCUUGAGGAGCCCGAGUCGAUUCUGUAGUUCCACUCGUAAUCAUGGAAGUAGCCUUUUCCAGAACCUCCAGUUUGCCGCCUCCUUUGUGUAGGCCAGGUAAGCUGUUGCUGGACUGCGUGCUGUAAGUUUUGUUUCGGUCUGCUCGCUGCCAGGGUAGCUGCUGAAACAGAUGCUAACAGCUAAAAGGAGCACCAGCUGGUAUCUGCAUUCCAUUUCAAGUUUGUGCGUUUCUCGUGGCCUGUUAGUUUCCGAAGCUUCGUCGGUCAGUUCAGUUUUCAACAGAAGCACCUUGUGUAUUGUCAAGGUGUCGGUUGGGUCUCACCAGUAUUUCUUCCUAACGCAGUAUCGAGGCACAGUAUUAAGGGUCCAUUCGAAAGAAUAGCACGGUUUCUUCGGUAAAGAAGCCAAAACAUGGAGUUUAGACACACGGCCACGUGAUGCUGAGAACUCGUCGGUUCGUUAGUUUUCCUCUUCAAAAACAUUUACCGUCGGACCCUGAUUAGCAAGUGUAGUGUUAUUAGCUUCGGUUUGCUGAAACUGUGCAGUGCAAAGAUCCUAGGUGACACUUCAUUUACCUGGUGCUCACCGUACAUCCCUGAGUACAGUUUUCAAAGAGACUUGAGUCACGGGGUAAUUACUGAGGAUCUUAGCUUCAAUAACUUAUGUUGCCUAUGUAUUGAACUGACCCUUAAUUUUAACUUUUUGUUAACUCUGUCGAGUGUAAAGGGGGCCUUGUGGUCUAACUGAAGUUUUUGUCAAUUUUUUUUUUUUUUUUUAAGUAAGUUUAUUUCUUUUAAUACGUUUCAAAUGAAAAAUCGUUUAUUUCAGGUAGUAUAUUUACUUCUGUAUUAGUUAGAGUAUGGUUUUAGCUUCAUACACUGCCCACAUAGGAAAAUAUUCAACUUCCUUUCGAGUCUGUCUUCAGACAAGGGAAAAUACGAUCUCUCAAGGCAGGUACUGGAUUUUUUUCAUUAAAUACGUAUGUUGCUUGUCUUUCAUUUUGUGAUAUUUAUUACAACUUACCAAGGGCAGUGUAACACCGUGACUUUUCCACCAGGACUGCAAUUCAAAUUGUUCUUACGUACAGUUUUAAGUCACGUUACAGCCGAUCUGAAUUCCACUACAUUUCCGCUUGGUUUGUACAUUCCACUCUGCCGAAUCCAGAGUCUCAUCUAACUUUUAUUUGUUGGAGGGCGUGUUAUUUGUAUAUUAAAAUGCUGUCACUGUGUGACAUCCCAUAUGAAUUUUGAUGUAGAUCACAUUGCACUCGAUCUGCUGUGAUUACGCUUAGAAAUACUGUUGUUGCCAGAUGCAGUGUGAUUUUUUUUUUUUUUUUUUUUGAAUUAAAAAAAUCCCCUCCUGUCAAUGAUUGAGUCUAUGGUUUCUAAUGUGAUUAUGGUCCUAUAAGAUACAGCUUAGCUAUCAGUCUUUUUGUUAUCAUUAUUUUUUUUUAAUUUUAUAAAGCUGGAAAAGGUCAAAUGCUGUACUGUUCAUUGUCAACAGUGUUGUGUUCAUUUUUAUGUACGUUCCUUAUAAAUAAGGAGCCUUCAAAAAAAAUAAAAUUAUUAAAGGAGCAGAUGUUCUUGUUGGCUUUCA